CUGCUAGUGUGUAAAUUGCACUAAGAAUAUGCUACUGUAAGAUUUCUCUCCAGUUUAUUUCUUUAGCACAUAUUGAAUCCACAGGUAAUCAGUUGCUGACUCAGGGACACUGUUUCCAGGAGAUGACCAUGAAAAAUAACUGGUGUCCUGGGCCUUGCUUUCAAAGUGGACCAAGUUACACCUCUUCACAAACCGCAGGCUGUGUGCUGCAUUGAGAUCCAGAUAUGGAAGAAACCAUGAACACAACAUGGUCACUGCCGUGGAACAUGACGGAGGAGCCCUUAAGUAUGAUAGAGACAACAAUGAACUCCAGUGACAACUACAGUUUGAUUACGAGAGCAGUACAUGAGGCAUGUGACACCUGGCACCCAGUUCAGAACUUUAUUCUUCCACUCAUCUACUUGGUGGUCCUGUUCGUAGGACUCUUCGGUAACUUCAUUGCACUUCUGAUAUUCCUUCAGAAUGCCAGGAAGAUUAAAAAAGCAAUCCGAGUGUACCUGAUCAAUCUCACCUUGGCUGACAUCCUGUUUAAUGUCACUCUGCCAUUCUGGGUGGUUUAUUACUUCAAAGGUGGAGACUGGAUCUUCUCAGAAGUCAUGUGCCGGAUGGCAGGAGUGUUCUACUAUGUGGCGACAUACAGUGCCAUCACGUUUAUGAUCCUCAUUAGCAUUAACAGGUACUGCACAGUACGAAUGACAAAGCUCCAGAUUCCUUUGAAUGAACCAACAGGAUCUCUGUACACCUGCGGUUUAGUUUGGAUGUUUUGGUUAGCUUGCAGCAUUCCUGCAUUGAUACAGCAGCAAACAACCAGAAGAGGACUUAAUGCCGUAAAAUGUUUUGAAGAAUAUUCUGACAGAAGCAGUUAUGUAUAUGCAUCUUUCAUCUUCUUCCUCAUAUCCUUCUUGUUUGUUCUACUGAGCUACAUUUCAAUUAUGAAAGCUCUUUCAUCCCAGGGAAAUGCCCUGAAGGGCAUGCAUCGAAGGUUAGCUAGAUCAAUGGUGCUGGGAAUGCUUAUUGUGUUUUUGGUCUGUGUUUUACCCUACCAUCUUUCCCUAAUCCCCUGGGAGUUAAGCAGGGCUAACUCCAAAGAGACACCCGGUUGUGCCCCUCUCAAAGGCAUAGACAUAGUGCACAAAUUGAAUUUGGCUUUGCUGAGCAUGAACAGCUGUGUUGACCCAAUCAUAUACUGCUUCUCCGUGAAGAGAUUUCGCAGAGAAUUGAACAAGAUAUUCAGAAAACUGGUUCGCCGUUUGCCAUUUCAAGCACACACAAUCGAGGCUUCAGAAACUCACAUCAGGUCAAAUUCACUCACUACCUCAUAAACUUCAGGCUGAUAAGAAUUGGCACCAGUCAUCACAUUCCAGUGCUUUAUAUCUCUUCAGCUCGGGUAAAAUACUCGAGGUCCUCCCUGGGUGAAAUUACUGUCAGCUUUAUUGUUGCAAUUGGGCUCUUUCCAUCUGCACCCAGCACCAAAUGAAACUUGAUGACUCAAAGGAUGAUUGUGACAGUUUCUGUUAUUUUAAUGACUGAAGGGUGAAUUUUUAUCUUCUAUUUUUAAUGUAUGAAAAAUGCAGACAGGGACAUUUUCAGUAUCUAUUGCCAACAUCUGGGCCAGGAGCAUCAAAGGCUAAAAUUAAACCAUGUUUCCACAUUAAUGGUUUUAAUGGAACAUUGCCUAUAUGAUAAUGUAUGAGGGAUAUUUUUGUGUGGAAGAUUUUCUGGAAAAGUGUACCACUUUUAAUGUAACAUGUGAAAUGCCAGAAAGGCACAAUAUGCUUAUGCCUAGUGUGGGAGUUCUUUCUCACCAUUGAUCCUGACAUAAAUACUCCAUUCCUGAGCAUUUCAAAGGGAAAUUGCAAUUAAACACAUGACACUCAUAUUUUUCUCCAUUGCAAACAAUCCUGGUCAUAUUGGUUUCUUUGAAAGGUAGUUUGUGAGCUUAAUUUUGAACCUGUUUUGUACACAAAGUACUUCAUGGAUUAGUAUUUUGUAAUUUUUAAAAAAAUGCUGAAAUAUUUAUGUUUUUGUUUAAACUCUUUUAAAUCCUGACCUUGACUAUGCUUAGUUAUGGAGCUGAAGGUAAUUAACACAAGAAUCUAGGCUUCCAGUGUGACUGUUGUUAAUGAGAAUUCUAUGAAGUCUUAUUGAUUGUGUGGUUGAUGCAUGCAAAUGAAGGCUUACACACUAAGUGUAAAACAAAACUGCUACUAUUUAUAGAAGACUUCAGAGUCACAGAAUAAUUUGCUACAUCAAAUCUGUGCUGGUAUUUUCUCCCCCAUUCACCAUCCAGUCCAUUUCCACUAUCCUACUCAUUCACCAUAUGCUAAAUAUAUUUCAAGCAACCAGCUAACUUGCUUUUGCAAGAGAUUUGACACUUUGCUUCAACAAUAGGUUUGUGACAUUAUAACUGCCCUGCUGCAUAUAAAGGUGUCUUUACCUUACAUUUCAUUCAAUUCUUUUUGAUCUUAACUUAAAUUUUGUGUUCUCCGUAUCAUUUUUCUGGUCAGCAUAUCCACACUAUGGAGUCCUGAAGACCUCUUUUAGGCCAUCCCUGAAACUUCGCAGCUCUGGUGAAAAAUGUUAAAUUUAUUAAAUGAUCUUUCAUUGCUGUGUUUUCAAGACCAUGUCAAUAAAUUUACAUUGCACCUUUUUGAUUGUCUUGUUUUCCUAAGAAGAAUCAAGAAGAAUCAGUACAUAAUGAUCCAUCUAGGAUUAUGAUCAAAAUCAUCUUUGCCUGAGUUCAAAACCAGGAAUGACAUAUCAUGGCAGAAUAAUUGGCAGAUGGCUACAGUGACACAGAAGUUAAGUUACUAAUAAUCCAAAGGCCCACACAAACAAGCCAGAGACCUGACCUCAAAUCCCACCAUUUGUAAAAUAUUACCAACAAUCACAAAAAAAAGUAGCAUUUGGUUAACUAAUGACCUUCAGGGGAGGAAAUCUGCUAUCUUUCCUUGAGUUAGCUUAUUGGUGAAUCCAGACUAUUGUGAUUGACUCCUAAAAUCUCUCCAUGAAGGCUCAACUAGUUCAAAGGUUGCAAUAAAUGCUGCCUUGAAAAUAAUGCCUAGAUCUCACCCCCCCCUCCAACUCCCCCAAUUGGCUAAAUUAAGUAUAGGUGAGGAAAAUAAAGACAAAGAAAAACAUUUGGAAGAAUUGUCUCAGCUUGAUAGAGAUGCAGCUCCUGGCCACAGAAGGAGUAUUUGCGGUAACCAUGGAGAUAUAGCUUCCUAUAUUCCAGCUGAAGAAGAUUAGCAUCAUUGAGAAUUAAAUAGACAUUUUGGUUAGGAGAAUAAAAUUUUAAAAAUAAUGGCAACCGUGUUCAACUAUAUGGAUCCUAAUAUUUGCACACAAUAAUGUACUAUGUCAAAUAUUUGAGAUAAUUGACCAUGUGUGUGGAGGUUGAGGUGGUGUCAUGACUAUCCAAUAGAGCAUCACAGACAAGCCUUUUCAAAAUCUGUAUUUGAACCAUCAAGCUGCGUUACAGUAUGUAAAUCAAAACAUAGGAUACACCUAUUUCCUAGGCCGUAUCUCUGAUCCAGACAUGGUUAGAGAAUGAGAAGUGCAGUGACUGAACAGGAACAGAUGGCCACUGAUGUUUGGGAACUACGGGUUUAAAACUUUUAAACAGGGAAGUAAAAAAGGGAAAUUCCUGCAGAUAAUAUUUUAGUAAACAGAAAAAUCUGAGGAGAAGACAAUU